AUGUUCUUCCUGCCGUCCCUCCCCUCCUGGCUCCCUGGCCUCUCCUCCCUCGAGUGGGGCUCUGGCCUCCUCCUCAACUCCCUCCUGGAAGGCCUCAUCGGGGCCUGCGGAGUCUCCAUCCUGAACAGCCUCCUGAGGGUUUACUUCUUCGUGGGCUGUGCCAACAACCCAGAGCGGCGGCUGGAAAAGGAGCGGCUGCAGGCCCCUUGGGCCCCCCUGGAGACCGUGCACCUGGUUGGGCUGGCCCUGAUCCUGACCGUCGUGGGGACCCGGGUGGCCUCCCUGGUGGUGCUGGAGUUCUCCCUCAGGGCCAUCUCCACGCUGCUUUCCCAGGGCAAGGGCUCCGGGGGCGCCGAGGGGCUGCAGCUGCCCCUGCUGUGCCAGUUCUCGCUGGGCUGCGGGCUGACCUGCGGCCUGAGCUUCCUGCAGGAGGGCGCUGCCCACCGCACCCUGAACCUGCUGCUGAGCCUCGGGCUGGCCGCGCUGCUGAGCAGGGCCGCCCGGCGCCUGCGCCUCCACGUCUGCCGCCUCGCCGUGGGCGACCUGGCGGCCGUGGCCCUCAUCAACCAGGACUUCCUGACCUCCUCGGAGGCCGUGCGCUUCUGGACGCCUCUCACCAUCUGCUACACCCUGCUGGUCAUCUACAUGCAAGAGGAGCAGCGGCAGCGCCCUGGCCUGCAGAGCCCGGUCCGGACGGUGCUGGUGCGCAUGAGCGGCCUCUGCGUGCUGCUGCUGACCGUGGGCCGCUGGCUGGACCUCCUGGGUGUCUUCAUCUCCCUGCUGGGCGAGCUCUGGUGCCUGCUGGGCGCCCGCACCCUGCUUGACCUUUGCCAGUUACAGGACUUUCCAUCCCCGAAGCCUUCAGUGUCGGCUCCAAGCCAGCCCGAGCCCUCAGCACCUGCCCCGACCCAGGGGACGGCCGCCUCCUGA